CACUAAUCUACAAAAAUGUGUGAUGACGAUGCGGGUGGUCUUGUAAUCGACAAUGGAUCUGGCAUGUGCAAAGCCGGCUUUGCUGGUGACGAUGCCCCACGUGCUGUCUUCCCAUCAAUUGUUGGACGUCCACGUCAUCAAGGUGUCAUGGUCGGUAUGGGUCAAAAAGAUUCGUAUGUUGGUGACGAAGCACAGAGCAAACGUGGUAUCUUGACACUCAAAUACCCCAUUGAACAUGGUAUCAUCACCAACUGGGACGACAUGGAGAAAAUCUGGCAUCACACCUUCUACAACGAAUUGCGUGUUGCUCCCGAGGAACAUCCAGUCUUGUUGACUGAGGCUCCCUUGAACCCCAAAUCAAAUCGCGAAAAGAUGACUCAAAUCAUGUUUGAGACUUUCAACUCGCCCGCCAUGUAUGUCGCUAUCCAAGCCGUACUUUCCUUGUACGCCUCCGGUCGUACUACUGGUAUCGUACUUGACUCUGGAGAUGGUGUUUCCCACACAGUCCCCAUCUACGAAGGUUAUGCCUUGCCUCAUGCCAUUCUCCGUUUGGACUUGGCUGGUCGCGAUUUGACCGAUUAUCUCAUGAAGAUCCUCACGGAGCGCGGUUACAGCUUCACCACCACCGCUGAGCGUGAAAUUGUUCGUGACAUCAAGGAAAAGUUGUGCUAUGUUGCCUUGGACUUUGAGCAAGAAAUGCAAACUGCCGCCGCCUCAUCCACCUUGGAGAAAUCCUAUGAAUUGCCUGACGGUCAAGUUAUUACAGUCGGUAAUGAGCGUUUCCGUUGCCCCGAAGCUUUGUUCCAACCCUCAUUCUUGGGAAUGGAAUCUAGCGGCGUUCACGAAACCGUCUACAACUCCAUCAUGAAGUGCGAUGUUGACAUCAGGAAAGACUUGUAUGCCAACUCUGUCCUUUCUGGUGGUACCACAAUGUAUCCAGGUAUUGCUGAUCGUAUGCAAAAGGAAAUCACCUCAUUGGCCCCAUCGACCAUCAAGAUCAAGAUCAUCGCUCCUCCAGAACGUAAAUAUUCCGUCUGGAUCGGUGGAUCAAUUCUCGCCUCGUUGUCCACUUUCCAAACCAUGUGGAUCUCCAAACAAGAAUACGAUGAAUCUGGCCCAGGCAUCGUUCACCGCAAAUGCUUCUAAAUUAACACACAUCACGUUAAUUUACAUACUUACUGCCAUUUAACAUCACUGGUUUCGUCUUCAUCUUGCGACUUUUUACUAUUUAUUUAUUUAUUUAAACAAGAAAAACACACAAAAAAAAUUAAUAUGAAACUUUUGAACAAACUUAAGUACCAACGACAGCCAACCAAUUCAAGAUCUGGGAUGUCCAGGCUGAUAUCCAUCCAUAAAAACUAAUAUACUAUUUUGUAUUGCACACAAAUGAUUGCAUAAAAAAACAUCAAGAACAACAACAACAAAAAUUAUCGGAACUCAAUCUCGAUUAUUUUGUAAAAAUUUUAACUACAAGUAUCUCUCUCUUUUUUAUUACAUAUAUUUUAUUAUUUAUUAUAUACUACUUAGAAAAAUAAUAAAUUAUAUAUAUUUAAAGAAAAAAAAACAUUAGUGACAAAAUAACAGCUAAGAUCAACCACACAUACGCGUCUAAAUAA